AUGGCUCCAAAAGUCUUAUGGAUUGGCCUGGGGAACAUGGGCCGAGGGAUGUGCAAGAACGUCAUAGAAAAGGGACCAGUCGAACACCCCGUCCUCAUCUACAACCGCACCAAGCAGCGGUCCGUUGAGUUCAGCGCGAAGUUUGCGGCUGGCCAAACCGAAAUCGUAGACUCAGUCGCUGCGGGCGUCGCCAAGGCCGACAUCAUCUUCACGAUCCUCGCCAAGGACGAUGUCGUCGAAGCCGUGGCAGCCGAUAUCCUCCAGUCUGUCGAUGUCACGGGCAAGCUCUUCGUGGAGUGCUCCACGAUCCACCCAGACACCACAGUACGCGUUGCCAAGCUCUUCCAUGACCGUGGUGCCGAGUUCGUCGCGGCGCCUGUGUUCGGAGCGCCUGCUAUCGGUGAAAUCGGGCAGCUCGUCGCCGUCCUAGCAGGACCUAAGGGCUCGGUCCAGAAAGCUCGGCAGUACUUCAAAGGUGUCAUGGCCAAAAGCGAGAUCGACAUGGGCGACCAGCCCUAUGAGAAAGCGCUCCAGUUGAAGCUGAUCGGCAACACCUUCAUCGCAAACAUGGUCGAGCAGCUGUCCGAGGCCUUGGUCCUCUCCGAGAAGUCGGGACUCGGAACACAAUGCAUGCAUGAAUUCGUCGAGAGCCUCUUCCCCGGUCCGUUUGCGGCUUAUUCGACCCGCAUCCUGUCGGGGGCGUAUCACCGGAUGUCCUAUCCGCUCUUCCCCGUUGACCUUGCGAGGAAGGACGCGAGGCAUGCCUUUAGUUUGGCCGAGGCCUGUGGCGUGCGGAUGAGGAAUUUGGAGGUGGCGGAUGCGCACCUGGCGCAGGUGAAGGAGCAUGAUGGGGAGAAGGGAGACAUCGCCGGAAUUUACGGCGCCGUCAGGCAGGAGUCGGGCCUGAAGUAUGAAAAUAACUGA